CAUGCGCGCCCCUGUAACUCCGCCCCUCUUUAGUCCGCAUGCGCAGUAGCGCCGAUUGAAGCUGUGGCGGCGCCGCCGCCUCCCUCCUUUCGGGUUUCCUCUGGGUCCUAGCGCUUCCUUUUCCGUAGCAGGACAUAGGAGCCUCUCUCUCCAUUUCCCCCUUUGGGACUUACUCCCCCAGGCCUUGGGGAAGUUCCUGUGUGGACUACAACUCCCAGAAGCCCCCAGACUGUCAGAAGCUUCCCUCCCUCCAUUGAGAUUAAGAACUGCCCUCUGUACUGGGGCCUAUUACUGUGGAUCAAAGACCAAUUUUCAUUUCUUCUUUUCUCUGUGACUGACGACAGAACCUGCUUUGGGCAAAAGGAAGAACACAAAAGGAAGCCCUCACAGACCGAAAGAGAGACGGAUCUUUCCAACACCAUGGCUUUGGAUCCUGCAGCUGCCAUCAACACUAUCCUCACCUCUCCUGCUCCCUGCAAUUGGGAUCCUGAAAGUGCUUCUUUCCCAGGACAAUUUGCAUGGGGAGCAUCAACAGCAGCCUAUCAGAUUGAAGGAGGCUGGGAUGCAGAUGGAAAAGGCCCCAGUGUUUGGGACACGUUCACCCAUCAGGGAGGAGAUCGGGUUUUCAAGAACCAGACUGGUGAUGUAGCUUGUGGCAGCUAUACUCUGUGGGAGGAAGAUUUGAAAUGUAUCAAACAGCUUGGAUUGACUCAUUAUCGCUUCUCUCUUUCCUGGUCACGUCUGUUACCUGAUGGGACGACAGGUUUCAUCAACCAGAAAGGUGUUGAUUAUUAUAACAAAGUGAUUGAUGGGCUACUAGCAAAUGGAGUGACACCAGUGGUUACACUGUACCACUUUGACCUUCCUCAACGUUUAGAAGAUCAAGGUGGUUGGAGAUCCGAGGCCACUGUGGCAGCCUUCAAUGCGUAUGCUCAGUUUUGCUUCAGUACAUUUGGGAACAGAGUGAAGCUAUGGCUCACCAUUAAUGAGCCCUAUGUUCAUGCCAGUCUUGGUUACGAACAGGGUAUUAAUGCUCCGGGUGUUGUAGAGCCUGGUACUGGAGCUUACCGGGCAGCUCAUAACAUGAUAAAAGCUCAUGCUGCAGCAUGGCACAGUUAUAAUAAAUCAUUCCGAAAAAAUCAAGGUGGCCUAGUGUCUAUAGCGCUGAACUCAGACUGGGCCGAACCCUUUGAUCCAACUUCUCCUGCUGACCAGGAAGCUGCCAAGAGACAUAUGGCAUUUUGCCUGGAUUGGUUUGCUACUCCAAUCUUUCUUGAUGGUGAUUACCCAGCCAUAAUGAAAUCAAAGAUUUCUGCUCUAUGUAAAAGACAAGGCUUUCCUUCAUCAAGGCUUCCAGAAUUUACCAACGCAGAGAAGAUGAUGAUCAAGGGCACUGCUGAUUUUUUUGCUCUUAAUUAUUAUACAACCCGCAAAAUUAAGCACCAAGAUAAUACAAACACUCAGCCAAGUAUGUCUGCGGAUAAAGAAGCAGAGCAAGUAACAGAUUCAUCUUGGCCUGUUGCAAGUGGCAGUUCUUGGCUGGCUGUUGUUCCAUGGGGUUUGCGUCAGCUAUUGAAAUACAUCAAGGAUACAUAUAAUCACCCUAUAAUUUACAUCACAGAGAAUGGGUUUUCCCAAAGUGACCCUGCUCCACUCGAUGACAACCAGCGCUGGGAGUAUUUCAGGCUGACUUUACAGGAGAUUUUAAAAGCAAUAUACAUCGAUGGCGUCCAACUGAAAGGCUACUUUGUAUGGUCUCUUCUGGACAACUUUGAAUGGUCUUGUGGAUACAGGUCUCGUUUUGGACUCUUCCAUGUGGACUUUGAAAAUCCAGCUCUCCCUCGAGUGCCUUACAAAUCAGCUGUUGAAUAUGCCAAAGUCAUUGCCAACAAUGGACUGAUGAAAUCACAGAAGUAGCAAGGGCCUGUUAGCAAAAUGGGCUACUUAUUAAAUCCCAGGGUGGGGGGUUAAAAUAAAUUCAGGUGUUUAGUUAGUAUCUAAUCAGGGAGAAAAAUCUGAACAUUCACUAUAGAGCAUCUGACAGCACCCCGAGGAAGAAAAAACCUCAAAGAAAGCCACCAAAUAAGCUGGAUUCUUAAUUAAUUGUUAAUCUCUGUAUUAAAAGAAUAAUUAAGUAUUUUCCUUUAAAACAAUAAAUAGAGAUCUGAUUA